UAAGAAAGCUAUGGAUCCAAUUACAUCACACACCACUGAAGUGGUAGAGCCUCAAAAGAAGGGUACUACGAAACAGCGCGUGGAUGCGCUUGAUGAGACAGCUACUAGGUUGUGCUAUGCUGUGGAAGGUCUCGAGAAAAAAGUCGAGAUGGCCGAAUCUGAGAUUUGUGGAUUACACAUCCAAUUGGAUGAAAGCCAAAGAGCUUGCGCAGCAAUGACGGAAGCUGCUGCAAUCAUUCCUGAUCUGCAGGAUGAAAUGGAAGCGUUGAGAGCUCAAUUGCGAGUACUCCAACGUGCGGUGGGCAAUGGGCAAGCUCCCGCACACGAGUAUGCUCCUAGACUCAGAAUUCCUGAACCGUGUACCUAUGGAGGGGCACGUGAUGCAAAAGAAGUCGAAAACUUCUUAUUUGAUAUGGAACAGUACUUUCUAGUAGCUUCGAUCGAAGAUGAAGCUAGAAAGGUAACCACAGCUACCAUGUAUUUGGGUGGAGAUACAAAAUUAUGGUGGCGAACCAAAUAUGCGGACAUUCAGGCCCACAGGAUUCGAAUUGAUUCUUGGGAUCUCCUCAAGGAAGCGAUCAGAUCGCAGUUUUUCCCAAAAAAUGUCGAGUAUCAGGCUCGACGAGCUCUUCGAGACCUGAAACACACGAGCUCUAUUAGAGAAUAUGUGAAAUCCUUCUCAGGGCAUAUGCUGAAUAUUCGAGAUCUGUCAGAAAAGGAUAAGCUCUUCACCUUUAUGGAAGGGUUGAAACCGUGGACACGCACGGAACUUCAAAGACAGAAGGUUACUGAUUUAAGCACGGCCAUGGGAGCCGCUGAAUGCUUGAGCGACUACCAAACAGAAUCUAGAAAAGAUCGACCUUCGGGGAGUAAUCAAGCAAUUGGAGGUGGCAGAUCAUCAGAAAAAGGCGGGCUUGCUGGAGCCCCUUUCCGUUCCAUCCCGGCCAUUUGA